AUUUUAAAUAUGAUUGAGUAUUAUGAACUUGAUUUAGAUUCAGAAUGUUAUGUGGAUUAAAAUUAGGAAGAAAUUUAAAUUGAUUAAAAUUAUAUAGAUGAUUGUUAACUUAAUUUUAAUUUUGAAGAAGAUGGACAAGAAAUCUAAAGAGAAUAAAUUAAAUUAACAAUUGAUAGAUAAAUAAAAAUACCAUCCCGAUAAAUCUAAAGAUUUGAUGAAUCAAUUGACAUAAAUGAGGAAUCUAUAGAAGAAAUAAUGGAAUAAAAUAAUGAUGAACAAAUUAAUGAUAAUGAAAGUGAGGAAAUUCAAGAAUCUCUUUAAAAGAGUGCUUUGAAAUCAACCGAAAAGAUUAAAUGUGAUAAAAUAAAAUAGUCUAAUUAGUAAGUUUACUCAACUUUUUAGAUAGGUUCUGAUGAUAAUUCUCAAGUUUAAGAGAAAUAAAAACAUUAAUAAUAGUCAUAAGGAGAAACAAAAAAUUUACCUAAUUAUUAUGGAAGAUAAUUUGUGAACAAAAUUAGAAGAAAAUUAAACUAGGAGUAAGAUGAAUAAAUAAAAUCUGAAAUGAAUUAAAAAUUAGAGAAGUUAAAAAAAAAAUAAAAAAUGUUUACGCUUAAAUAAUUAAGAGAGAUGUUAGAUGAAGAGUAUUUUAGAGAAGAGUCAAAAAAUUAUUUAACUAGUUUUGAAUUUCUGCAUGACUUGAUGCAAUCAGAUAAAUAAUAAGAUAUUAGACCUCCAAUAAAAUAUGCAAAAAGGAUGUAUGAAGGAUGUGUUAAUAGAUAGAAGUUAUAUAAUUGGAAGGAAGUUUGAAUAAAUUAUAAAAACCAAA